UAUUCUCUAUGGACAUUGUGGACUGUGGAUCACCAUCAACAAAAGCUUCCACACAUGGGCUCUCGUGUUUGUAUCUUGUGGCGGUCCGUUGGCUCUACUGCGCGUCUGUUUGGAGGUCUGUGACAUUAAAAUUGUUUGGGAAGCCCUGCACUGAGCGACCAUGUGGGCGUGUUUCUCUCGGCCCAACAGUCUCCGCUCUUGUGUCGAGUCCAGAGCGCAAAACGCACUUCUUCUGGUGCGACCGGAGAGCGCAAAAGUAGCAGUCCUCCGACCCUGACGCGCACACCAUCUCUGACUCCCGGCGGCCCCCAGAAUCCAACUUCACUGCGCGGGAAAUAAAGAGCUUCUUAACAUCUCCCGGUGACUCUUCCAGCCAUGGACGCAUCUCGACUCGUUACGCUAUAUGUGGGCCUGCUCCUUGUUUUCCUUGGGAAUAUACCGUGUUUCCAGUCUGCUGCUAUCAUCUCUCCCUCUGCGCCGAGGAGAAACAAGGGAGCCAGGGUCUCUCAUCAGGACGGACAAAGGUCGUCUAAAUUCCUAAAAGACAUCUUUGCGUCUUCGCAUCCUAUGGUGGGCCAUCAUAAAGAAGACCCAAAGGACGCAAUUGUGCCGCAUGACUACAUGCUCUCUAUAUACAGGACAUACUCGACUGCAGAGAAGCUCGGACUAAACGCUAGCUUUUUCCGCUCCUCUAAAUCUGCCAACACAAUAACAAGUUUUGUGGACAGGGGAACAGACGAUCUUUUGCACUCUCCUCUGCGAAGACAAAGGUAUCUGUUUGAUGUCUCAACCCUUUCAGACAAAGAGGAGCUGGUCGGGGCAGAAUUAAGGAUAUUUAGGAGAGCGCCCGGGGAUUUGCAGACUUCCCUGCAGACGACGGGUCUGUACGAUAUCCAGCUCUACCCCUGCCGCUCGGACAAACUGCUGGACUCCAGGUCUCUGGACCCGCUGGACUCCACCAAGAGCGGCUGGGAGGUUUUGGACGUGUGGGAAAUGUUCAAAGCACACCAGCGUCAUUACCAUCACCCCCACCAUCACCAUCAGCAGGGGAACCAGCUCUGCCUCCAGCUCCGCGUCACUCUCGGCAAAUCAGACACCGAAGUGGACCUGAGGCAGCUGGGGCUGGACAGGAGCAGCCGGUCCCAGCGGGAGAAGGCCAUCCUGGUGGCGUACACCCGCUCCAAGAAAAGGGAGAACCUGUUCAACGAGAUGAAGGAGAAGAUCAAGUCGCGGAGGUCGGUUGGCGAGAAGGAGGAGGCGGUGGUGAAGGCAGCCACGGAGGAGGGGGUUUCGCUGAGGGGGGUAAAAGGCGAGGGGCCUCGGCGGCGGCGGAGGACCGCGCUGAGCAACCGGCACGGGAAGAGGCACGGGAAGAAAUCAAAAUCCAGAUGCAGCAAAAAGGCGCUGCAUGUGAAUUUCAAAGAGCUGGGUUGGGACGACUGGAUCAUCGCGCCCCUGGAUUACGAGGCGUACCACUGCGAGGGUGUGUGUGACUUCCCCCUGAGGUCGCACCUCGAGCCGACCAACCACGCCAUCAUACAGACUCUCAUGAACUCUAUGGACCCAAACAGCACCCCGCCUAGCUGCUGCGUCCCCACCAAACUCAGCCCCAUCAGCAUCCUGUACAUAGACUCAGGCAAUAACGUGGUGUACAAACAGUACGAGGACAUGGUGGUGGAGCAGUGUGGGUGCAGGUAGCGGCCCUUAUGCAUACAAAAAAUAAACUUUAAAAGACAGAAAAAUCAAAGAUAAGUCUUGAUGGGUCCCAGGUUGAAGUCCUCACAGGUCUGAAUGCUUUGACGCAUGACGCGCCUUGUCUUUAUUCAAAAGGGAUGCACACAAAGGCAGAAUCUGCUAUUUAUUCAGACUCAGUACAGUCACAGUUAUUCACACUCUAUGCCUUAAAGUGUUAUGCCUUCAUGCCCAUCCAUGCAAGAGGUCACCACACAUCAAACCGGCUUCUGUUUCCCAGAGAGGGAGAAGUGUCCAUAUGGCACAAGGAAUGAGUACAAGGCGAGAUGGGAGCCUAUUGAGUCCGACUGUGCACCUGUUCGUGCCGAGACCAUAGGACAGUGGGCUUUGCCUGUCAGUGCUUUGUUGCAGCUCUGCCGUGUGAUCCUGCCAGCCAGGCCGGACUCUUUUGGGUAUGUGCAUCCAGGCCGUAAUUGCCACUGUCCAGCUGGAGUCAUUACAGGCCCGAGCAAGUGCCUGUUUUCCAAAAAAGGGGGUGAAUGUCUAAUCUACCAAACAAACACAGACACACACACACAGACACACACGCGCGCGCGCGCACGCACGCACACACACGCACACACACACGCACACACAGACUGGUCUGAGGAGAGGGAGUUUGGUGGUGGCAAUGCCUUCAAGAGAUUUUUGCCUUACUGGAGACCAGUUGAGAGGCACUGGAAGAUGUGGACAGUAAGGAGACAAAACCAGACUGGGGCCCUGUUGUAAAAAAAAAAAAAGAAAGAAAGAAAAAAAGCACACACGAACUUUUUGCUCAAAGUCUGCAUCUUUACGAAAUGCACUUCCACCACUGACAUGCGCAAAGGACAUGCGGUCAGCGAGAGAGUUGUCUUCUCUGAUGACGAAAAUAUAUGAAAAUAAGACUCGCAAAGGAGACGAUAUUUAAAUGCACAUUAGCUUUGAAUGCACUGCUGUUCAUUUUUUUUGAGCUGUAAAUAUUUGUACAGUUGAAAACUUUACAAAGUGCAACGAAUGAAGAAAUGACAAAACGGCAUUUCUUUGUAAAUAUACAAAAUGCACUCAAAUCGGUAUAAUUUCUAUUCUAAUUAUUUUAUUAUUUGUGAUGUACAGAGUUUCAUGAUAAUCAUAUAUUUCUUACAUUGAUAAGAUUAAUUUAAGGUGUAUUCAAUAUUUUUUUUGCAGAGGGUGGAAAAUACCAUUAUUAAUGUCUACCUCAUAAUUACAUAUAGGAUCUGAGUUUUGAGGUGCAUUCAGUUAGAGUGUAAAGAACUUUUACAAUGAUAUAUAAGAUCAUUUAUAUACAUAUAUUACUGGAUAAUAUUCCACACCAUUACUGUACAAAUAAAAUUCCAAACAAA